ACGCAUGUUCUUCCGAUAAACUUCCUAAUCCUUGAAAAUGACUUCUAUUAGACAAACCAUGUGAUCAUCUCUCCAUCACUAGGCCCUAUUACAGCACAUCAGAUUACAUUCAUUGGUUUAUUGAUUUGAAGAGGCCCUUAGCAACUAUAUAUACAAUACUCCUUGGUUUAACAAACAACACAAGUCUUUUGCAUCCUAAACCAUCACAACUCAAUAUCUAUUUCUCAUCCAAUCCGUUAACGUAAAAACAAUGGGUUUCGGCAUAACAAGUAUUAUCAGAAGGGCAUCAUUUUCCAGAACCCAAGGAUCUACCAAGGGAAUUGAAGUUCCUAAAGGCUAUCUCGCCGUCUAUGUUGGAGACAAAAUGAGGAAGUUUACGAUUCCGGUAUCAUACUUGAACCAACCAUUAUUUCAAGAAUUAUUAAAUCAAGCAGAAGAAGAAUUCGGAUAUGAUCAUCCAAUGGGUGGUCUCACAAUUCCUCAGUAUAUAUUUCUCAUCCACUCCUUUAACAUAAAAGAAACAAUGGGUUUCCGCAGUAUUAUCAGAAAAACAUCAUUUUCCAAAACCCAAGGAUCUACCAAAGGACUUGAAGUCCCUAAGGGCUACCUCGCAGUCUAUGUUGGAGAUAAAAUGAAGCGGUUUGUGAUUCCGGUAUCAUACUUGAACCAAUCAUUGUUUCAAGAAUUGUUAAAUGAAGCAGAAGAAGAAUUUGGAUAUGAUCAUCCAAUGGGUGGUCUCACAAUUCCAUGCAGUGAGGAUGAAUUCUUAAGCCUCACGUCUCGCUUGAAUUGAGCUGUAAAUCAUGCUAAUGGAGAUUUAGAUAGAUUAGUUUAAGCUAAUUUUUUAACAGAAACCAUUUUUUUCUUUUCAUUUAGUUUGUUCCGUUCCAUGUAUCAAUCAUUCCUACGGAAACAUAAAAUGUUGCCUCAAUGAGAAUGUUAUGACAAAAAGGUUCUUAAAACAAUUUUAGCUUGUUCCAAAUUUAAACAAAGUAUAAUAUAUACUCCCUCUGUCCCAUAUUAUAAGCAAAUUUAAACAAAGUAUAUAUAUUAUACAACUGUUCUUAUCUCUACUGUAAUGGAAAGGCUGCAAUAAAUUAGCUUUGAUGAGGUGAUUUCUCACAUCAUGUAUUGCUCUUGGAGAUGGGUUUGUAGUAGGGAACCAUCGCGUAGGAUUAAUUUUUAUGAUUGGUAUAAAUUACCAUUAUGUAGUAACAACAAUUACUAGUGUAUUCUUGUUGUAAGGGUUGCACCCUUAGUGCGAUUUCUUAUAAUCAUUGCUUAUUAAAA